AUGAAACAUGCUUUCCUUCUAAUUUUAUUUUUCCUUUUGUUAUUCAUAGCACAACAUGAUAUUACAUCAUGCUUCCAAUUAAAAACUACACCUUUCUUUCUUAAUAACCAAAAAUUUACGUCAUACACACAAAAGGGCAGCAAUAAAAGGGCAAUCCUUAGAUUAGAAAAAUCGUUUUGUGCCCAUGGAAAUUCCUUAAAAAGGUCAAACGUCGAUAAGAGCGAUGUGUAUGAAAAUGUAGAAAAGUUCGUUACAAAUAGUCACUUCUCUAGCAGAAGUGAAAAUGAUAGUGCCAAUGCCAAGAACCUAGAUAGAUUCACUUCUAGUUUUGCGUCAAGUCCAGAUGUGUGGAAUGAAGUAGUCAUAGACGAUAUGAACAGCAAAGAUGUUACACACUUAACAAAAUUUUUGUAUGCAGAAUAUAAAAGAGCAUUUGCGUCCAUUGCUGAAAAGAGAAAUAAUGCAGACAACACCUUCAACUCUGAAAAAAUAAAAUCGUUGUUUCUUUCCGUUGGGUCCGUUGCAAUUGAUAACAUGAAUACAGAUGAAUUUUUUAAGCAUUUAGAAAGCUAUUCUCUUUUGCUAAAAUGGUGCAAAGAUAAUUAUGUCUCUUUUAGUUUUAUUAAAAAUGAAAUCGGAAAUAUAAUGAAUACAAUCAUAAAGCACUCCCAGAAUUAUCUACAUGACAAGCACAUAUGUGACAGGAUGAAAAAUGAAUUUGUAAAUAUGCACGAUCUCAUAAAAGAUAUAAAAAAGAAUGAUGCAAUAAAAAUGAAUAUUAAAAGUUUCUUUUCUGUGUUAAGCACCAACGUGGUUUUGAAUAACAAUUAUGUAUUUCAUUUCCUAACAGAAAUAUUCUCAGCGUUGAAUUUGCUAAUACGAGAUAACCCAGAUUUAAUUCAUCAUUAUGAGUACAUAAUAAAUCCCCAUUUCUUCUUUAUAAGUAUUUUUUCCCUGUAUUCUUAUAAUUUAAGCCAAGCUCGUUUUUAUUACGUAAUGCUAUUAAUUCAUAAUCAAAUAAAUUUGGACAAUGUAAAGGAAAAUGUUGCGAAAUAUGAUGAUACCUUAAAUUAUAGUGAGUACAAGAACCAUAUACUUAACACCAUUUUUGAGAAAGAAAAAAAGGAAUGUGAAUAUAUUAAAGGGGUUAUUGCAAAUAGCAAAAAAGGUGGUAGCACUAUUGUGGAAAGGAAAAACGAGAUGCAUAAUGAAAGCUUAAAUAAGGACCCAAGCGAUGAGAAGGAAGGAAAAGACGCUAUAUUAAAUGAUGAAGAGGAGUCGUUAGUCAAGGGGUGCAAACAUGUACUAUUUAAAGAACUAUAUGACAAUGUCUUCAUAAAAGUUUUAUUAUUUUAUGUUUUCUUUUUUUUCAGUGAUCACUAUUUUUGCACUCUUAUUUUAUUAAAUUUUAAGAAUUCUAUAAAGGACCGAAAGAAGGACGGUCGCUUGUUGCAAAUUGUUAAUUAUUUAUUUUCUGUGUUGCUAGAUAGUUUAUACCCAGUACGAGAUUAUUCUAAUAUAAUCUUGCUUUUAAGUUUAUAUAAAAACAAUUUUAACGCACUUGAUGAUAAAAGUUUAAGUGCUGUGAAGAAAAUUUUUAAUGCAGUUGUAGAUGACAAUAUGCUGGAAGAAACUUCUGGCGAGAUAUCUAAAUUACUCUUAGAUAUUAGCGAAUCGAUUAAAAGUGUGGAGAAUGAAAAGAAUCGCAUGAAUAAAAACAUUACAAGCAAUUCUAAUGAGAGCAAAAAUGUCGGGGAGCAGUUAUACACGAAUAACACAAUUUUGAAGGAGGGCGGCAGUAAGGAAGAAAUUGCCAAAUUCGACGGCGAUCGGGUCACUGAACAAAAUAGGGAAUCAGAGACUCAGAUCGUGGAACAUAAAGACGCAACUGUAAACGAUUCGAAUAGCAUGAAAGACAAGUUUAACAAAUAUCUGCUGCGUCUGCUGAAAAACAAAGCGUAUGACAAAAUUGAACGCUUAGAAAAAAGAGAUAAUUUAUAUGUAAAUAACAAAACAUAUAGUUUGUUUAUUCAGUCCUUUUUGAGCAACCAUAAAUAUGAUCGAGUGUACAAGGUUUACAAAAAGAUGAAAAUGAAGAAGAAUAUUCCUAUAAAAUAUUUAAAUGCAAAAAAUUUGAUACACAGUUUUAAGAAUUGUAAUAUAGACAAAGGGCACGUGCUGAAUGAAUUACAACUAAUUAGUAAAUCUUACUUAUAUUUUUCUAAAGACUGCUAUUUCGUACUGACGAAAACGAUGCUGUACAAGCAUAUGUGCGAUUACUUAAAAAAAAAAUGUGACAUGAAAUUAAUGAUCGAUAUUUUUAACUUUAAUGAACUUUUAAAAUAUUUCAUAAAAUUUAAAAGCUUUAUUAAUAUAAAAAAGUUAUAUUUCCUUCUACUCAAGUAUUCGUACAUUAAAACGUACAAAACUUACGUGAUAUUGAUAAGAUUUUUUAACAACCUGAAUUAUGAAUCUGAGAAGGGAAUCGCGCAGGAAGAGGUAAGGCCGGUGAUCGAAGGCGCAGCGGAGGGAUCCUCAGUAGAAUGUGUAAAAGAAGACGCAAGCGCAGCGAAGGACUUGAAAUGCCCUUUUGAGAAAAACAUCGAAAUUUACAACGAUAUAGUAAAUCUAAGAAAGAACAAGCUGUCUUAUUAUAUUUUCCAAGGGAUCAAUUCGGAUGAGGAUUUUAAUUUAUAUAAUAAAGUUUACGAAAUUGCGAAGAAAGAUAAAUAUGACAUGAGUUUGUUUAUCUUAAGUAAUUUUAUCACGGAGUAUAUUUUUAUGGAUUAUGGUUCGGAUGACAUAGUAGAAAGUGAAUUGACGAACGUGAAUAACAUACUGAACAUAUUUUUCGAGGCCAUAAAUCUGUUUUUUCACAAAGAGAACUACAGAAUAACUGUAAAUAUAUUUUUCUUCCUUCUCCUAUUUUUAAAUUAUUAUGUGACAAGAUACACAAAAAAGGAUUUAAAAUAUUCGAUUUUUUUGAAAAAAAACAUCUUAAACUUUUUUUUGUCUAACAAUUAUGAAGCAAUUAAAGUAAAUAGCGAUGAUGUCUAUUCUUAUGUGCCACACUUUAUAUUACGUACUGUAUCCGUGUCUGUAAAUCAUUUGAAGAAUGCUCACAAAUUGAAAGAAAUCAUUUUAGCCGAACGGAAUUUCGAUUUAAGUGAUUUUAGUAAAAAUGUGAUUCUUGCCCCGGCAGUGAACUGCAAAAAUAUAAUGUCCAUAUUUCUACUUUUGAAGAACAAUUUAAUUAUGUGUGACAAAACGAUGGAGAAGGAUCUGUAUGAUAAGCAAAAAAGCAACAACAAUAAAGUUACGCAAAAUGUGAGUGUUCAUGCAAAAGGAAGAAACUACUUAUAUAGAGACGUAAUUGAAAAAAAUUACAGUGAACAGAACGGGAGUACUGAACAGAGCGCUGCACCUUCUACCACAUAUAGUGACGUUGCUAAUGUAUUUGUGAAGCUAAAAUAUACAAUUGGUUCAGACAGCAUCAGCGAAGAUUCCUUGAAAGGUUUUUUAUUCAACAAACUGAGAAUCCACGUAAAUAGGAAAAACACAGAUGCGUUAAUCACCACACUGAGGGAUAUAUUUUUCACCUACAACAAUAUAAUAUAUUUAAAUUCGAGAGACUUUCUUAACAUUUAUGAAAAGCUCAGUUGUGUUUACGACAGCGUGUUAGCAUUCCUAACCAUUAUAUUUUUCCUCGAAAGUAGGAGAAACGUUAAAGAGGGUACCGCUGCUACCGUCACAGCCGCUACUGCUACUGCUACUGCUAUGGAUAUCAUUGCAUUACCAGGUGGGCACCCCGUGGGUAGCGGCACAAAAGAAGUGAACUUUCACGAAUACAUUAGUAUGUUGAAGGCCAUGGACAAGGCAUACUUUAAAGACAUCCUAAAUAGUCCUACUGUAUGCAAACUUUUAAAGAAGUACGAAAAUUUUAUUCAUAUGUGCCUAUAUUUUGAUUUAAAUAAAAAGAAAGUGGGCAACGUUACAACUCUUUUGGACGUGUCGAGGAAGUGUGACAUUCGCGUGAGCACAGAAACGCUGAUAGACGUUUUUUCCCUGUACUUCGAGAGAAAAAUGAACGAUUUAAUAUUCAAAGAGUUCGAAUCAUUUUCCCGAUCUGGGGGGACAACAAAUUUCGAACUGUAUUACACUGUCAUGAAGGCAGCGUUUUUCGAGGAAAACGCUAAAGUAGCCCUGAACGUCUUGAACGAUGUGCUAAAAUUAUUUGACAUAAGACGAGUUCCCUUAAACUUCUUUGAAGGAAUUUUAUUAAUUUUGAAAAAAAAGGGAAAUACAAAGAUUUAUAUCAGUCCAUUGACAGGCUACACAGGGAGCUAA